CACUGUUUUUAUUAUUUUAAAUUCCCAUACGCGUACAGCGUCUACCAAAACAUUGCUUUUAAUACGCAAUUAAAUGUGAAAUCAUAAUGGAGGAAGCUGACGCAAGUCCCACGGGAAUGUCAGCGAGCCAGGAGACCAUCUCGAAGCGUUUGGCGGCCCUUAAUCUCUGGCAGGAAGAGCAGAAGCGGAUGCUGGCCGAGCGUCAGAACAAUCAGCGCGUCUUGCUCGGCUUGGAGCAGCGGGAUAUGUACAAAAUGCUGGGUCUGCUGCACAAGGAGGUGGAGAGCAGGGAAACCAGCGUGCUGGAGGGCUCGUGGGACGACGAUCCCUCCAUUCCGAUGCCACGCCUCGCAGACUACGAGCAGAAGGAGGAGGAGGAACAGGAGGAUUUGCAAAAAAACAUGGCCAGUCCUCAGCCUGCCAGGCCCAAGCGUCCUUUCCUGCGCCGCGGUGAGGGUCUAAAGCAGCGCUUUAAAAUUAAUCCCGACCAGCUACGCCUCGACAACCUGCCCCGUUACAAGUACGCCAAUUCCCAUCCUCAGUUUCGGGUGCCACAGGUGAAGAAGAGCAUUCUCAAGAGAGGAGCGCCUUCGACUACUGCCCCUGCAGCUCCUGUCGCUGCUCCUGCUCCUCUUAAGCCACCAGCCAAAGUUGAUCUCAACGAGCAGCGAUUCCAGAAGGUGCUAAUGAGCUCUAAGAACGCCUGCAGCUCUACGCCUGAUCUAAAAUCUUCCUAUGCGUCCUCCACAUCUGCCUCCAGCAUUUCGCCAAGAGUUCGCUUUGUGGAGCAGAAGAGCAAGGCAGGACAGGCGGAUGAUGAGGCUUCCUCAGAGGCCAGUCCUUUGACGGGGGUGUGCUGGGCCAAGGUGCUGGAAACCCAAAAUAUAAAGCCCGUACCCCUCAUUCAAAGGCGGUCAGCUCAAAUCCGAGUAGAGGACGAUAGCAACGUAAGCAUCUUCGAGCUGCUGGAGCAGAAGGCCAGCGAGGGCAACAUCGACAUGAACUCCAGCUGCAUUCGGACAUUCAUGGCGCGCAAGGAACACCGGCGGAACCUGGCCGAUGACACAGACCAAAUUGUAGUCACGCAGCAGGUGCGGCAGAUGCGAUUACAGCCGCAGGUGGACCAGGUGCAAAUCCACGAGAUAGACGACGAGGAGGAGGGGGAGGACGGGGACGAACAAACUCCCACCCAUUCCAUGACGCCCAUUCAGGUGGGCAAGACGCAAGUGCGUGUGCGCUUUUCCGACUCCAAUGACACCCAUGAGUACUCCGACGCCACCAGCCUCAACGAUGGCUCCAAUAUCCAGCUAUUUGAGCAGUUCAAGUCCGCCCUCUUCCAGGCAUUGGAGCAGAAAAAGAAGACGACGAGUCCCGGACAGCAGCAAGAUGAACCACUCACCCAAGAGCUGCAGGAGAAGGCGAAUCUGGUUCGCACUCGUCUCGAGGAACUGGAGUCUGAAAUAGCUACAUUUAAGGAGCAGAAUGCCCAACUGCUGCGCUUGAAGCAGCAACACGAACUGGAUAAGGCCAAAUGCGCCCAGGAUCACAUGGAGGCCAUGGAGCGCGUCCACGACGAGAAAAUACAGGCGGAGAUAUACCUGCACGACGAGCGGAUGAAGAUCGAGGAGGAGAGGCGCAAGUUUGAGCAGCAGAUGCGCCUUCAGAAGAGCAACGCCAAUACCAAGGAGAAGAAGGAGAUUGCCGCCUUGAAGCAGGAGGUGGAGGCACUGCAGCUGCAGCUGAAACAGAAGGAUCAGAAUCACGUCUCGGCGCAGGCACGACUUCGCGCUCAGCUGCGGGCCACCGAAAAGGAGCAGAACAACUACAGGGACGAGAUUGAGCUGCUGCGGCGGGAGAACAAGCGGUUGGAGCAGGAGCUGGUCAGGAUAGGCCGCGAGAACAACAGCAAGAUGCUGCAGGAGAUCAAUAGAAACAUUGCCAGGCUGGCACCCAAGGUGUUUCCUUCCACUUCCACCUCCCAACCCCUCGACGAGAACGGACGUCGGACGAAGUCUCUUGAUGGCACUGCGGCAGGUCGCAAGCCGGCCCCCAAGCAGCGAGAGCAGCCUGCCCAACGCCGCCAGAGCAGCGGUAGUAGUUGUCAAGUCAGGAGUCGCAGUCGAUCUCUGGGCAGAUCCAAAAAGCAGCCGGAAGCGCUGGAAGAAGACAGUUUCGCCUCCUCCAGCAGCUCUGGGGAGGUGGAAGAAGUCAAAGAACCCCCAGCACCUGCUGCUGCAGAGGAUCCCCCAGCGAAUGCCAACUCCACCACCGACUUUAAGCGGGAGAUUGUGAACGAUGAUGGCAGCAGGGACAUUUGGUAUCCGAAUGGCAAUCUCAAGAAGAUCAGUGCCUGCGGCAUGAAUAUACGCAUGCUGUACUUUAACAAGGACAUCAAGGAGACGGACAUCAGGGAGGGCACUGUGAAGUACUACUAUGCUGAGACAAACACCUGGCACACCUCCUACCUAGAUGGCCUGGAAAUACUCGAGUUCCCCAACGGACAGACCGAGCAUCGCCGCAAGGACGGCACUAUUGAAGUUCAUUUCCCCAACAACAGCAUCAAGAUAGUGGAUCCCAGCCAUACCGAGAAGCUGGAGGAGUGGCGCUAUGCGGAUGGAACGCACCUGGUGCAGAUGCGCAACGGGGACAAGAUUCUAAAUCUACCCAAUGGCCAGAAGGAGAUCCACACGAAGCUCAAUAAGCGAAGAGAAUAUCCCGAUGGCACGGUUAAAUUGGUAUAUCCGGAUGGCAGCCAGGAGACUCGCUACUCCAACGGACGUGUGCGGCUGAAGGACAAAGAUGGCAAGCUCAUAAUGGAUACAGACUAUGCCAAGUAUUAGAAUAAGUAUAUAAUUUUCCUUGUGAAUUAAAUGUAGUCUUAAGAAUUAUA